AUGCUGGGCUCGGUGAAGAUGGAGGCCCAUGACCUGGCCGAGUGGAGCUACUACCCGGAGGCGGGCGAGGUCUACUCUCCAGUGACCCCAGUACCCACCAUGGCCCCCCUCAACUCCUACAUGACCCUGAACCCUCUAAGCUCUCCCUACCCCCCAGGGGGGCUCCCUGCCUCCCCAUUGCCCACAGGACCCCUGGCUCCCCCAGCCCCCCCAGCGGCCCUGGGGCCCACCUUCCCAGGCCUGGGUGCCAGCAGUGGUGGAGGCAGCAGCUCAGGGUACGGGGGCCCAGGACCAGGGCUGGUACAUGGCAAGGAGAUGCCGAAAGGGUACCGGCGGCCCCUGGCACACGCCAAGCCGCCGUAUUCCUACAUCUCACUCAUCACCAUGGCCAUCCAGCAGGCACCGGGCAAGAUGCUGACCCUGAGCGAGAUCUACCAGUGGAUCAUGGACCUCUUCCCCUACUACCGGGAGAACCAGCAGCGCUGGCAGAACUCCAUCCGCCACUCGCUCUCUUUCAACGACUGCUUUGUCAAGGUGGCGCGCUCCCCAGACAAGCCGGGCAAGGGUUCCUACUGGGCCCUGCACCCCAGCUCAGGUAACAUGUUUGAGAAUGGCUGCUACCUGCGCCGCCAGAAGCGCUUCAAGCUGGAGGAGAAGGUGAAGAAAGGGGGCGGCGGAACCUCCACCUCCAGGAACAGUGCAGGGUCUGCCUCCUCGACUACCACCCCUGCCGCCACAGUUGCCUCUCCGCUGCAGCCCCAGCCUCCACCCCCCGAGCCUGAGGCCCAGGGUGGGGAAGAUGUGGGGGCUCUGGACUGCGGCUCACCCCCUUCCUCCACACCCUAUUUUACUGGCCUGGAGCUCCCAGGGGAGCUGAAGCUGGAUGCACCCUACAACUUCAACCACCCUUUCUCCAUCAACAACCUGAUGUCAGAACAGACACCGGCACCUCCCAAACUGGACGUGGGAUUUGGGGCCUACGGGGCAGAGGGUGGGGAGCCUGGGGUCUACUACCAGGGCCUCUAUUCCCGCUCUCUGCUGAACGCAUCCUAG